AUGGGCAGCUCGCCGACGAACACCGGCCGCACGCCGCACGGGCUCGGGCUCCGCGGCCGCCUCGCCGGCCUCUUCUCCUCGCCGUCACCCUGCCACCAUCAGCACUCCGACGAGGUGGUGGCGAAGCUGAAGGAGGAGGUGGAGAAGCAGCGAGAUCUCAAGGAGACUUACAUGGCUCGGCUGGAGAGCACCCAGGCGUAUCUCAGGUUCUGCCUCGAGGUCGCCCAGGUGCACGACUUCUUGCACCUCGUGUCCAACUCCAAUGGCGGCGACGACGAGCCGCACCGCGACGCCGGAGAUCAAGAGCCGGCAACAGCCGCCGCCGCCGACGACGACGACGAAGAUGCUGCUGAAGCACCGCCCUGUGACCCCUACUUCGCCGCCACCAGAGACCUCGCCGUGCAGCACGGCUGGUCCGUCGCUCCCGACGAGGUGCGUUCGCGUGAAACAUUUGUCCAUCGAUCACAGCAAAGCUUGAUCUCCUGUCCAUGGACUCAGAUCGAGCUGCACGAGAUGAUCGGGCGAGGGUCAACGGCGGAUGUGUACAGGGCGACGUGGAGGGGGCUCGACGUGGCGGUGAAGUGGAUGCGCGCCGAGUUCUUCGCCGCCGCCGACCAGCGCAGCCGCGGCGAGGCCUUCUUCGCGCAGGAGCUCGACGCGCUGUCGCGGCAGCGGCACCCGCACGUGCUGCGGCUGAUGGCCGCGUGCCUGCGCCCGCCGGCGAGCUGCUUCCUCGUGACGGAGCUGCUGACCGGCGCGACGCUGGCGCAGUGGCUCCACGGGACUUAUGUUUAUAUGGCUCCUGAAAUCAUUCGCUGUGAACCAUACACUGAGAAAUGCGACGUGUACAGCUUCGGCAUCAUACUAAAUGAACUAGUAACCGGGGAGCAUCCAUACAUAGAUACAGGUUACGGGCCUAGUAAGAUUGCUUUGGAAGUAGCAGAUGGAAAAUUAAGGCCCAAACUUGCAGAAAGAGACGUAAAUUCUAGCGUCCUGAAUGAUCUCAUUUGUGGAACGUGGGAUGCAGAGCCUUCGAAAAGGCCUUCAUUUGCCACUAUAACUUCUGCACUCCGGAAAAUCAAGCAGCAACUUAUGUAACACAAAUGGCAAAACUAGCAUCUUUAUUUAUUGGGGCAUUGGUUAU